AGAGGCUAACGGGAUGGGGAAAAGACGGUUCUCGGGUUUGGAGGUGACCCUAAUGGUCAUGUUCACAAUGAUGACAGUGGCAGCCAUCGCUCUCAUAGUUCUGUUUGUGACUGGAGAACCUGGAGUCAUUAAAGAUGAAACUACAGAAGUAUUUGUUCCUCAGUGUCCAAAUAUUCCUCUGGCUGAAAGAAUAGACUGUUUCCCUGAUGCUGGAGCCUCAAAGCUAAAAUGUGAGCAGCGUGGAUGUUGCUGGGGCCCGCUGGAUGAGCGAAAUGUUCCCUGGUGUUUCUUCUCAACCAACCAUGGAUACACAGUGGAAUCAGUGGAGGAACCGGAUCCUUAUGUAAUAAAAGCCCACCUGAAGAGAAUGGCCUCUCCUUCUUUAUUUGGGGCGGAUGUACAAGAGCUGUCAUUUCAUGCAGAAAUGCAGUCAAACAAUCGACUCCGAUUUAAGAUCUUUGAUGCCCACAGGCAGAGGUUCGAGGUCCCCCACGAGCAUGUAAGAAGCCUCAACAGUCACCCAUCCAGCCCCAUCAGCAACACACUGGAGAUCACACACAAACCCUUUGGCCUUACUGUGCGCAGGAAGGAGAACAAAAAAAUCCUGUUUGACACUACGAUGGCUCCACUGGUGUUUGCAGACCAGUACCUACAGCUGUCUGCUAAGCUCCCAUCCCAUAAUAUUUAUGGCCUGGGAGAGCAUGUGCAUAGACAGUAUCGCCAUGACACAAACUGGAAAACCUGGCCUAUCUUCACCAGAGAUGCUUUUCCUAAUGGGGGAACACAUAACCUCUAUGGACACUAUCCCUUCUUCCUCUGUCUGGAAGAUGAGAGUGGAAAGUCAUUUGGGGUCUUCCUAAUGAACAGCAAUGCUAUGGAGGUGAUUUUGCAGCCCGCCCCAGCUGUGACCUACAGAACGAUUGGAGGAGUCCUUGACUUCUAUAUUCUUUUUGGAGACACACCAGAACAAGUGGUGCAGGAGUUCCUUGAGCUCAUUGGCAGGCCUGUCAUUCCUCCAUACUGGUCACUGGGUUUCCAGCUUUCUCGAUGGGACUACGGCAGCCUGAAUGAGGUCAAGAAAACUGUGGAGAGGAAUCGUGCUGUGGGCCUCCCAUAUGACAUUCAGUACACUGACAUAGACUACAUGGAGGAUAAGAAAGAUUUCACCUAUGACAAAGUCAAGUUCAGCGAGCUGCCUCAGUUUGCUGACUACCUUCAUGAGAAGGGACAGAGAUACAUCCUCAUCCUGGAUCCAGCAGUAGCCACCAGUAAGAGGGUAGGGAAUGCUCCAUAUGAGUCCUAUGACCGUGGGACUGAGAAGAACGCCUGGGUCACCGAAUCAGAUGGGAAAACUCCUCUAUUAGGAGAGGUGUGGCCAGGAGAGACUGUAUUCCCAGACUACACUAGCCAAAGCUGCAUUGACUGGUGGGUUGAUGAGUACGAACGAUUCUCCAGGGAGAUCAAACAUGAUGCCCUCUGGAUUGACAUGAAUGAAGUGGCUAAUUUCAAGAAAGGAUCAAAUAAGGGCUGUGCUGAUAACAACCUCAACUACCCUCCCUACACUCCAAAGAUUCUGGAUGAGGUGAUGUAUAGUAAGACUCUGUGUAUGGAUGCCAAGCAGGCCUGGGGGAACCAUUAUGAUGUCCACAGCCUCUAUGGCUACUCCAUGGUGCUGGCUACUGAAAAAGCUCUGCAGCGCGUGUUUGCAGGAAACCGUACCCUGAUGUUGACCCGCUCCUCCUUCCCAGGUGUGGGGAAAUAUUCGGGUCACUGGCUGGGGGAUAAUGCUGCCAACUGGAACGACAUAAAAUGGGCCAUCCCUGGCAUGCUAGAGUUUGGGUUGUUUGGGAUACCCUAUAUCGGAGCUGACAUCUGUGGAUUCUUUGACGACUCCAGUGAAGAGUUAUGUCGUCGCUGGAUGCAGGUGGGAGCUUUCUAUCCCUUCAGCCGGAACCACAAUGCUCAGGGCUUCAAGCCCCAGGAUCCAGCUGUGUUUGGCGCUGGCUCAACCCUUGUGGAGAGCUCUAAACACUACCUGAUGAUACGUUACACACUUCUGCCUUACCUCUACACCCUCUUCUACAAAGCCCACACCACAGGGGAGACUGUUGUACGUCCUGUCAUGCAUGAGUUCUACUCUGACAGCUCCACCUGGGAAGUGGACCGCCAGUUCCUUUGGGGAAAACACCUGCUCAUCACACCUGUACUGGACCCAGGUGUGAAGGUGCGGGCAUACAUCCCGGAUGCCGUGUGGUAUGACUAUGAGACGAUGGAACGAGUGGCACACCGCAGACAGUAUGUUGAAAUGCAUCUACCAGCUGACAAGCUUGGUUUACACAUAAGAGGUGGUGCGAUCCUCCCCACACAGAGACCUGAAGUCACCACUACAUACAGUCGCCUUAACCCCAUGGGUUUGAUCAUUGCCCUUGAUGACAACAACCAGGCAGCUGGGGAGCUAUUCUGGGAUGAUGGAGAUUCUCGAGAGACAGUCAAAACAGGCAACUACAUCCACUACAAGUUCACCGUUGUCUAUGGAGUACUGACGAUGCAGGUGACUCAUGCUGGCUACAGGGAUCCAGACAACCUUAAGUUUGAGAACAUUACUGUUCUUGGGGUGCCUCAUCAUCCCGUAUCCGUCUCUGUGACACAUGUUACACGUGGAAACUCUAUCACCAAUGUGCUGGGCACCAACAUACAGUAUGAUGCAGUCAAGAAGGUUAUGUUCCUGCGUGGCUUGUCCUUGACCCUUGGGGAGACCUACCAGGUGCAGUGGGAGCUGGACAUGGAAGAGUACCAGCGCUUUGACUGUCAUCCAGAGGAGCAUGCAGAUGAAGCUAAGUGCAAGGCCAGAGGCUGUAUCUGGGAGCCAAGCAACAUCGAACGUGUUCCAUGGUGCUUCUAUCCAAAAGACUAUGGAUAUAUGGUUACGGCAACCAAGGAAACCAACUCAGGCAUGACAAUUGAUAUCACUCGGAACAAAAAGUAUAGGAGCAGUGGUCGCCCAGAGUCACCGGACAUUGACACACUCCGUGUUGAGAUCCAUUACCACAGCGGUCAUAUGCUGCAGUUCAAGAUCAAGGACCCGGCCACAGAUCGUUAUGAGGUUCCGGUGCCGCUGACGGUUCCAGAUGCUCCUGACACUAACGAGAACAACAGGCUUUACAAGGUCCAUGUUACCCACAACCCAUUCGGCAUCCAGGUUGUAAGGAAAAGCACAGGAACCAAGAUUUGGGACUCCUCUGUGCCAGGUUUUACCUUCUCAGACAUGUUCAUCCAGGUGUCGACACGGCUGUCAUCAGAGUUUGUCUACGGCUUUGGAGAGACAGAGCACCCCACCUUUAAACACAACCUUAACUAUCACACCUGGGGUAUGUUCUCCAAAGACCAGCCUCCUGGUUACAAGAAGAACUGCUAUGGAGUGCAUCCAUUUUAUAUGGGCCUUGAGACCACCGCCGAUGCUCAUGGUGUGCUGCUGCUAAACAGCAAUGCCAUGGAUGUGACUUUCCAGCCUACUCCAGCUUUAACCUACCGAACUGUGGGAGGCAUCCUGGAUUUCUACAUGGUCCUGGGACCUACACCUGAGAUGGUGGUGCAGGAGUACACUGCAUUGAUUGGGCGACCUGUUCUACCAGCCUAUUGGUCCCUUGGGUUCCAGCUCUGCCGUUACGGUUACUCCAAUGACCAGGAGAUAUCAGAUCUGUAUAGAGACAUGAGGGCAGCAGGUAUACCCUAUGAUGUUCAAUAUGCAGACAUUGACUACAUGGAUCGUCAGCUGGACUUUGUCCUGGACCCGGAGUUCACUGGACUACCUGCCCUAGUUGACCGCAUGAGGACAGAGGGCAUGAGGUUCAUCUUCAUUCUGGAUCCAGCCAUCUCAGGCAAUGAGACACGUCCAUACCCUGCCUUCCAGAGAGGUAAAGCAGCGGAUGUCUUCAUCAAAUGGCCCAAAAACAUCAGUGAUGAAAUUGUGUGGGGGAAGGUUUGGCCAGAUUUCCCCAAUGUCACAGUAGAUGAAUCUCUGGACUGGGAUACCCAAGUAGAGCUCUACAGGGCUUACACCGCAUUCCCUGACUUCUUCCGAACUACAACAGCAAAGUGGUGGCAUCAAGAAAUCAAGGAUUUCUAUGACAAUAUUUUGAAGUUUGAUGGCCUUUGGAUUGACAUGAACGAGCCUGCCAGUUUUGUCCAUGGCACAGUUGGAGGGAAAUGUCUUGGUGAUCCACUUCUAGAGAACCCUCCAUAUAUGCCACCCUUGGACUCGAAACAUCUUGGCUUAAACCAUAAGACCCUGUGCAUGAACAGCGAGCAGAUACUCAGUGAUGGAAAGAAAGUCAGACACUAUGAUGUCCACAACCUCUAUGGCUGGUCCCACACCAAGCCCACCUAUGAUGCCCUGCUGAAUGUGACAGGUAAAAGAGGCAUAGUGGUGACCAGGUCCACUUACCCCUCCAGUGGAAUUUGGGCUGGACAUUGGCUGGGAGACAACGCUGCUAGCUGGGACCAGCUAUAUAAAUCCAUCAUAGGCAUGAUGGAGUUCAGUCUGUUUGGCAUCCCUUACACUGGGGCAGACAUAUGCGGGUUCUUUAAUACAGCUGAGUAUGAGAUGUGUCUUCGCUGGAUGCAGCUGGGUGCCUUCUAUCCAUACUCGCGCAACCACAAUGGCAAGGGUAGCCCGAGACAAGAUCCUGUUGCCUGGAAUACCACCUUCUCCGAGGCUUCCCGGGACGUCCUGAACAUCCGUUACACCCUCCUGCCAUACCUGUACACACUGAUGUUUGAGGCUCAUAAAUAUGGAAGCACAGUUGUCAGACCACUCUUGCAUGAGUUUGUGAAUGAUAGAAAUACAUGGGAUGUCCAUAAACAAUUCCUCUGGGGACCUGCCCUACUUAUCACCCCUGCCCUUGACCAGGGAGCUAGACAUGUGGAUGGCUAUGUUCCUGAUGCACGCUGGUAUGACUUCCACACGGCCCAAGAUGUGGGAGUGCGCAGCCAAAUGGUUAGGAUGCCAGCACCCAUGGACCAUAUUAACCUUCAUAUCAGAGGAGGAUAUAUCUUACCCUGGCAGAAACCAGAGAACAAUACAUUUUACAGUCGGAAAAAUCCUUUAGGACUGAUUGUUGCCCUGAGUGACAAUGGAACUGCUCAAGGAUCACUCUUCUGGGACGAUGGAGAAGGAAUAGACACGAUUCAGAGAGAACAAUAUAUGCUGACCUCCUUUGCAGCAGAAUCGAGCACCUUGUCCAGUCAGGUUGAUCAUAAUGGCCUGGCUGCUGCUGACCAGUUGACCUUGGGUGUGGUUAAGGUUUGGGGUGCUGGCAGUGUGAAGAUCACAGAGGUGACCCUAAUAUAUGCGAAUGGAACAGUGCAACAACUGACCCCACAGCACAACCUUGACACUCAGGAGCUGAUUAUCGAUGCUACUGCAAAAUCUGUUCGUGUGGAUCAGCCAUUUAGCAUAACAUGGAGGACCACCGUCUGAGUACGGUUUUGUCUUUUGAACACCUAAAUGCCUCACUGAUGAGCCUGCCUGUAAAUGCUGAAUUUUGGUUGGAUGUCACAACCCAAUUGAGAGUAUUUUACUUUACUGAACCAUUACACUUGAAGUAAUAUUACACUGGACUGAGUACAGGUACAAAUAAAACUGAAAAAAUUUACAACAAAUAACUCUAGAAUGUAAUUGUUUUGUGUUUAAACACCUUCAGUACAGGGCAAUAAAUAAUUUAAGUGCUUGAUACUGUAGAAACCUAGACCUUUUUCACAGCAGACAUUUUGAAUGAUCAUAGCAGGAAAAGCACAGGUGGAAAUGAUAAAAUUAACAGUGGCUCAGUUCCAGUCAAGUGACUCAAGGAAGCCAUACUAGGGAACCAUCAUAUGCAGUAUACCAGGGUCAUAAAUUUGGAAAAAACUAAAUGUAAAUUCACUGAUAAACUCAACUUCAUCAACUUUAUUUUAUUUAGUGACUGAUCUACCCGAAUAAAUCUAACUUAAUACAUUUUACUUGCAUAAAUUUUAUUUUUCUUCAGUGAUGAACAGGUGAAAAUAUUGUUUCCAAUUUGACUUAUUGUCUCACAAUCCAUUUCAUAGCAAAGGAAAGAAAUGUUAACCUAAUUUGUAUCCAAAACACAUUACCUGCAGAGCGAGUUAUUUAAUGAAAUUGUUCUGGCCGUUAUUUCACCACACAGAAGCACCAGUAGGCAACUGACAGCUGUGCAAAAUGAGUAAACAGGUGUUUAUGAUAAAAUAACAUAAACAGCCAGAACUAAUGACCAGUCGGAGGAAACACAUGCAGCAUCUCAAGAAGUCUGCUUUUGAUAAUUGGAAAUGCUUUGAUUUAAGAGAUGCCUGAUGCUGUGAUUGAUGCCAUGCAACACAGUGGUCACAAGACAGUAACAAUAGCUAAAGUGGAAUUAUUAAAGUCCAACUGAAAUCACAUUUUUUUGUCUACUACAUCAUACAUAUCUGCUCUGUAAAUCACUCAUCAUGUGUUCUGUUUUGAGAAGCAUUCAGAAACCAAAAGAGAUAAAUUUAUAUUUUAAAUUCAUGUUGUUGUUUUCACGAUGGCUCUCCCUAGUUUUGCAUUACUUCCAUUCUGUUAUCUGCUUAAGUAGGUAGAGUCCUUAUUUCGAUACAAAUCAAAUCUUGUAUACAGUGAAUAAUUUGGCGGUCGAUCGUAGGCCUAAUAGCGUCCUGCUACACAACACAAGAGCCACAUUAGCUUUCCUGCUCAAAUCUCUUUCUUUUCUAACUUAGAAACAUGGACACACGUCUUGUCCAACACAUCAGCUUGUUGAACGAACCAUCGAACAAUCAUUCACCGAGGAAAAGUGCACCGAUAACGUCUGUUGGCAGGCUAGACAGCUAAUUAGCUGCUCAGUGCAGGACAUUGAACACCAUGUAAACAUAAAUGUCACUUCGGUCCAUUUAGAACUUUAAACUAAAUUAUAUAAUCAACUCAAUUUGUUCGUGGAUUAUUGGCCAACCUUUGGCAUAUUCUUUUCAAGUAACUCACGACAAGAGCAUGCUCAGACUUAAUAAAAGCAUCUCUUCUAACUUCUUGCAUGUUUUAAACGAAGAAUACCAACUUCUGCCCUCUAAUAAGUUAUUUAGAGUCCCUCGAUUUAAACACAACAGACUGAAGAACCCUUAUACAUCAGUCUGUCUAUCUAUCUUUUUUAACUAAGAUCAGUGUGCUGCUAAUUGACAUCUGAAUUAUGAGGAUAUUAUGUGUCAUGUAUGAUAGUUAUGAUUGUUUUGAAGUGUUAUGUAUGACUGUGAAAAGUGUCAUAUGUGUAACUGUAACCUCUUAAACUGAACUGCCUAAGGACACAAAAUGAAUUUCAGUGUAAGCCUACAAC